GCCAACAUGUCUGCCACUUGGAGAUAUUUCAAAAUAUCAGCGAAAGAGGCGCGGAUUGCGAUUUGUAAAACGUGUUCAGCUGACAUUUCUCGAGGGGGUGUAACUGCGGGAUUACUCCACCACUUGAAAUCAAAACACCCGGACAAAUAUGCGGAGUAUGAUCAAAUCACUAGCGCACAGAAAAAAAAAGUCCUUCCCAGCACCCCGACUCCUUCUGUGGCGGACCUUUUUGAAAAGGUAAAAAAGUUUCCCAGUGAUGGUCCCAAGGCAAAGGGCAUUACUCGGAAGUUAAUGGAAUGCAUCGCCAUUGGAUAAUCAACCGUUUUCUGUCGUACAGGACGUUGGAUUUCGUAGGCUUAUUGAGCCACGUUAUUCCUUGCCUAGCAGACGGCACUUAGCAGACGUGUGCUUACCUGAACUGUACAAUGUCGUUGCUAAUCACAUCCAUGAGCUCUUGGCUACAGAUAUUACAGCCAUCAGCUUCACGACAGACAUAUGGAGCUCAGACGUAAGCAUCACCAGUAUGCUCAGUCUAACUGCACAAUGGAUCGACAAGGAUUUUAAACUGCAAAAGAUUCUGCUGCAUUCACAAGAGUUUAGGGGGUCUCAUACAGCACAAUCCAUCUUCUUGGCAUUCGACACAUGGCAUAUCGACCGACCUAAAGUGCACGCAAUAAUCAGUGAUAACGCAAGAAAUAUGACUAAAGCUAUGGAAGAAGGCAAUCUGAGUGGAAUACGCUGCAUGGCCCACACGCUGCAAUUAGCUGUGAACGAGGGAGUGUUGGCUCAACGCAGCGUAAAAGAUCUGUUGGCGGUAAGCAGAAAGAUUGUUGGUCACUUCAAACAUUCUCAACUGGCCUAUUCUCGCAUAGAGCCAAUACAAGAUGAGCUUGGAGUAACAACGAAACGGUUCCAACAAGAUGUGAGUACAUGGUGGAACAGUACUUAUUAUAUGCUGGAAAGCCUCUUUGCUCAAAAGCGAACCUUGGCUUCAUACAGCGCAGAUCAUGAUCUCCUCGCAUCAUUCACUCCAAACCAGUGGAUCUUAAUGGAGAACAUUCUCUCCAUUCUUGCCCCAUUUGAACAGCUAACUAGAGAGAUUAGCUCAUCUGACGCAUCGGUGGCAGACGUCAUCCCUUUACAUGCGGCUCUAAAGCGUCUUCUAAGGAAAGAGGUUGAAACAGACCGUGGAGUAAAAACUAUGAAAAGUACACUCUUGGAGUCUGUCAACACACGUUUUGCUGAUAUCUACUCUGAUCCCCUGUACUGUAUCGCGACUGUAUUUGACCCGCGAUAUAAAGAUCAUUAUUUUGAUGCGGGGAAAAAGCAAAGCGCACGAGACAUGAUCCAGGCUGUGUUGGAUAAGGAGAACCCACGAGAGGAGGCUGCUGCGCACAGCACAGGAGACGUGACGCAGACCACAGAAAAAAGGGCUCGUCUGAGCAGAGGAGGAGGAGAGGGGGCAACCACCCUCGUUGUCUGAUAUGUUCAACGAGAUCAUGGAAGAGAAUACUACCCCAAAUAGGCUGGUGACAAGCUCAACCGCUCAACAGUUAGAUGAUUAUCUCUCAGAAGUACCCAUCCCCAGAAGCGAGAACCCUCUUGGAUACUGGAGAAACAAACAAGACCGCUUUCCUGACCUGGCCAAGGUGGCACGCAAGUAUUUGAGUGCUCCAUGCACAAGCACUGACAGCGAGAGACUGUUCAGCGCUGCCUCUCAUGUGCUUGAUGAGAAGAGGAACAGAC